AUGAAUCACUACGAUCUAGAAAAGGGUGGUUCUUCAUCAUCAACAUCCAACUCUAUAUACCACCGCAACAACAACAACAACAACAACCAUAUCACCCCCUCAGAUUCAACGCCAUUCAGCAUCAAAGAAAAGCAUCAAGAUACCAAUUUCAUACAAGAUGACGAUGAAUUAUUCCUUCGUGAAGAAGAUGAAGAAUCCGACGUAGAUGGAUCAGUCAAUGAAAUCAAGCGUGGUUUAAAAGCUCGUCAUGUUUCCAUGAUCGCUCUUGGUGGUACCAUUGGUACCGGUCUUUUCAUCUCUACGGGGAGCACCCUUGCUGAUGCCGGUCCAGUAUUGGCACUUAUAUCAUUCUUGUUUAUGACAACAAUUGCAUUUUCAGUAACGCAAUCAUUGGGAGAAAUGGCAACUUUGAUCCCAGUUUCGGGGUCCUUUGCUCAAUUUGUUACUCGAUGGAUUUCGAAAUCAGCUGGUGCUGCUAAUGGUUGGUUGUAUUGGUUUAGUUGGGCCAUUACUUUUGCUUUGGAAUUAUCCGUUGUUGGACAAGUGAUUGAAUACUGGACUGAUGCCGUGCCCUUGGCAGCUUGGAUUAGUAUUUUCUUUGUCAUCAUCACCAUCUUCAACUUCUUCCCCGUCAAGUUUUAUGGUGAAGUUGAAUUCUGGGUUGCAUCAAUCAAAGUGAUUGCCGUUUUCGGAUGGAUCAUUUAUGCAUUAUGUAUGGUUUGUGGAGCUGGUAAAACUGGACCCGUAGGGUUUAGGUACUGGAGAAAUGGUUAUGCUUGGGGUGAUGGGAUUUUGGUUUCUGAUACGGGAACAAAGAGAUUUCUUGGUUGGUUAUCGUCAUUGAUCAAUGCUGCCUUCACUUUUCAAGGUACUGAAUUGACAGGAAUAUCUGCUGGUGAGUCAGCAAACCCACGUCGUACUGUACCUAGAGCUAUCAAGAAGGUUUUGUUUCGUAUUUUGAUUUUUUACGUCUUAUGCAUGUUUUUCAUUGGGUUAUUGGUGCCAUAUAAUGAUCCAAAAUUGACUGGUGGUAGUUACACUUCAAAUUCACCAUUCAUUGUCGCUAUGAAUAACUCGGGAACUAAAGUUUUGCCUCACAUUUUCAAUGCUGUUAUUGUUUCGACAAUCAUAUCGGCAGCUAAUUCCAAUGUGUAUUGUGGAUCACGUAUUGUUUAUGGAUUAGCCGAAGCUGGAGUUGCUCCCAAAUUUUUUCUCAAGACUAAUCGUGGUGGUGUCCCUUAUUUUGCAGUAGCACUAACUGCGUCUUUUGGUGCAUUGGGAUACUUGGCAGUAUCGGAAAGUGGUGAAAAUGCAUUUACAUGGUUAUUAAACAUUUCAUCAACAGCAGGUUUAAUCUGUUGGGGAUUCAUUUCCGCAAGUCAUAUCAGAUUCAUAAAGGUUCUUAAAAGAAGAGGCAUUUCUCGUGAUUCAUUACCUUACAAGGCAAUGUUUAUGCCCGUGGCCGCAUACUAUGCUUGUUUUUUCAUCUUUUUAAUCACCUUGAUUCAAGGUUUCCAAGCUUUCUUCAAUGGGUUCAGUGUAACUGAUUUCUUCACUGCUUAUAUCUCGGUGAUUUUCUUUGUUGUGUUGUGGAUUGGAUUCCAAAUUUUCUUCCAUGGGUUUAGUACUUCUUGGAAAGAUUAUUUUGUACCCUUGGAAGAUUGUGAUAUUGAUUCUGGUGUUCGUGAAGUUGAUGAAAUGGAAUGGGAAAAUACUGAACCGAGAAACUUGUGGGAAAAAUUUUGGGAUGUUGUUGCAUAA